UUCGACUCUACAUUGUCUGUUGGAGUUUUGGGGUGGCUGGUAGCAGCCAUAGAGAAGAGUGAAGAAAUGAAAGCAAAGAAGCGGCUGCCCAUUUCGCAGCGUUGUUCUUCUUCCUUUUCUUUUACUUCCACUUUCUUUUUCCUCAAUCACAACCCUUCUUCUUUCUUCUUUUUUUUUAUUCAAAGCUUCUCACACAUCCCCCCCCCCAUACCCCCAAGACUUCUUCCAAUACUUCCCCCCACAAUUUCUUUCCAACCUCAACAUUAGCUUUCUCUCUCUCCAAUCUCGCCUACCCCCCAUCCUCGUCCUCCUCCCCCUUUCCUCUAUUUUCUAUUCAUUCACACUUGGGGCAGUCUUUGUCCGUCUGAGGUUUUUGGGCCUUGGUUGUGGGCCUUUACUGCCCACACCCACCACAAUAACUGCUAUGUAUAUCAUGUCUUCUUUUCAUUUUAUUUGUGCGCGUGUCCUUUUUCUUUCGUUUUUUCGGCUGUCCCUUAAUUCUACUUGC